AUGCGCACAUUUGUUUGCCUUUCGCUGGCGGCCAUUCUCCUGGUCGCUGGCUCCUCUGCGGCCACCUAUGAUGCGGCUGCCCAGCUCCUAGAUGUGGAUGCAGGUGUCCAUGAACCUUUAGCCACACGCCAGGUUCGUCAGUUUGGUGGUCCAGGAGGUGGCUAUGGAGGCUUUGGAGGCGGACGACCUGGAGGCGGCUAUGGUGGCUUUGGAGGCGGACGACCUGGAGGCGGCUUUGGACCAGGAGGUGGUUUUGGAGGUGGACCAGGAGGUGGCUUCGGAGGCGGCGGCUUUGGAGGACCCGGCGGCGGCUUCGGUGGCCCAGGAGGUGGCUUCGGAGGCGGCGGCUUUGGUGGCCCAGGUGGCGGCUUUGGAGGUCCUGGUGGAGGCUUCGGUGGUGGCUUCGGUGGCGGCUUCUAUGGCCGCUAA